CAGAGCAACUAACAGCGUGAGUCUGAAUCUUGCUACGACAACAGAACAAAGACCUUCAUCAGGAUUACAAGUUUGGACAGAAAGGCCAUCAUCUGACAAAAAUAUCCACAAUAAGGAGAAGCAAAACCAGAAGUGAAGAUGAAACUAUUAGUCAUCCUCAUCAUCCUUGCAGCAAUGAAUGUUAAUGUGGUUUUCUCACGACGGUGGUCUAAAAAUAGAGCGCUGAAACCUCGAGGCCUUAAUGGAGAGAGUUGUCAGUCCGGCGAUGGGAGCAGUUACAGGGGAACUGUUUCCAAGUCAGGUCGCGGCAAAAGAUGUCUCAACUGGGACCAGUUUCAAAACCCUUGGGGAGCCUCAAAGGGAAUUGGCGAACAUAAUUACUGCAGGAAUCCUAACCAGGUCUUGAUGCCAUGGUGCCGUGUCAUAAGAGAAGGGAGGGUUGUGAGAGAAUUCUGCAAAAUUCCCAAAUGUCCAACAUCAACGGAUAAUCACCCCACAGCUGAGGAUACAGAGCUGACAUGUGGCGAGAGGUCCGAACAGAGGCUGAAUAAAAUUGUGGGUGGUUCUUUCAUACCCAUAAAGUCACAACCAUGGGUGGCUGCUAUCUACAAGAAUCGUAGUGGCUUCCUUUGUGGUGGCUCUCUCAUCUCGCCAUGCUGGGUUCUCACUGCUGCACACUGCUUUGAAGAUGGUGAGAAAACCGACAUCAAGCGUCUGUCUGUGUACCUGGGGAAGAGCGCCAUUAAUGACACAGAUGCAAUCAGGGAACAGAAGUUCACAGUGGAAAAACUGAUCGUCCAUCAAAAAUAUGAUGACAACAACUACGACCAUGACAUAGCACUGUUGAAGAUCAGAACUAGAGAUGGAAGAUGUGCAGUGCGAUCAGCGUCUGCACGGACAGUUUGUCUUCCUCCACCUCACACUCACCUGCCUGCAGGAUUUCGAUGCAGCAUUGCAGGAUUCGGCAGGGAGAGAUUUGGCGCAUGGCACUAUUCACAGUUACUGAAACAGGCCGAGGUGAAACUCAUCUCCCAGACUGACUGUAAGAGUGAUUUGUUCUAUGGAGAUCGCGUCACUGACAACAUGCUCUGUGCUGGGAGCCCUGACUGGAGCACUGAUGCCUGCGGGGGUGACUCUGGUGGUCCAUUGGUGUGUGAAGCAUCUGGCCGGAUGUUUCUGUUCGGGGUAGUGAGCUGGGGUAUUGGCUGCGCCAAGAAGAACAACCCAGGAGUUUACACACAGGUCAGCAACUACAACAAAUGGAUUGAAGACAUAACAGGGCUCCCCAGAUACACAGCAGGAGUCAUGUAUCCCAGAAAAUGAAGCUGUGGCAGAAAGUUACCGGUCGGGCAUUUCAUUUUUUUAAAGGAAAAUUUGGCAGCAAUGUUGUAAGCUGUGUGUGUGUAUGCAGGGGUGGAGAGUGGCAGCCGCUAUAAAUGCACAAUGAAGGAUUUACUGUCGUAUUUCAAUGUGAAAAAUAUAUAAAAUAUA